AGUAUCUCCAUGGGAAUGAAGAAAUUCAGAGGGCGAUGGUGUUCCCUCAUACUUCAGCACACAACAACUGUUUUUUUACUUUACACUUGACAAUUCCUAGGUAGAAGAACCAAACAAGAAUAAUUCAUCCAGGGCCAUACUCCAUGACAAGUUCACAGCAUAGUGGAAUCCGCAAUGCAAAAACAAUAACACAACUUCCAAUACAAACCCCCUUCAUGACAAGUUUCAUAUUUUUGUCUUCACUCAUCCUAAUCCCCCUGCUUUUUUCUCCACUUUCCUCACAAUCUUACAUGCUCUCCACAAUUUACAGAUUAUAAAGUGGAGAUUUUGGGGUACUUUGACUUUCUUGGGACACUGGUGUCUGGAGGUACAUACAUUUUCUGUUCUGCAAAAUCAUGGGCAGUGAGAUUGAUACUAAGUCAAUUGAACCGGUCCGGAGUACUGCAGUCUCUCUGUUUGGAGAUAAAGGUGAUCACAAGAGAUAUCACUCUACAAGAACUAAGAAUGAUUGUGAAAAGGAGCUUGAGGAGUUGACAAAGGAAUUGGCCAACUGCAAGGUACAAUUAGAAGCAAAACAAAGUGCACACAUGCAAACACUUCUUAAGCAAGAGCACAACCAAAAGAUGAUACAAGAGUUGUCUAUCCUGCUGAAGAAAUCUGAUAUUGAAAGGAACAAGUACAUGAAUGAAUGCUCAGAGGGAAGAACUUACAAAGAUGAACUUGAAUCCAAGAAGAAAAAGAUUGCUGAUCUGCACUUGGAAACUGCAAUGUUCCAGGACCAGCUUUCACAUGUUUUAAGUGAAUUGAAGGCCACUCAAAGGGAACUGCUUAAGAAAGAUACAGAGAUUGUUGCUGCUAGAGAUUCAGAACUGAAAGCUUUAACAAAUCUGGAAGAGUUGGAAACCGCUUUGAAGGUUGAAAAGGAACAGAAAGAAGAACUAGUGCAGCAAGUGAAAGAGCUUAAUGAAGUCAUUCACAGGUCAAAACUUGCUGCCAUUGUAAAUGAGGAAGAGAUGUUUGCUAUAGUGUCUGAGAGAGACCAGAAAAUUGAGUCAGCAACAAAAGCUACUGCUCAAUUACAACAACAGGUAGAAGACAUGAAAGAGCAUAUAAAAAUGCUAAAGCAAGAUAAUGAAGCACUUUUUUCAACUAAGGUUUCUGGUUCAAAUUCCAUAAACAACUUAAACAUUGACAUGGAGCUAAAGGAAAGACAGAUCAUGGAGCAAUCUGUUUACAUUGAGAAAUUAGAAAUGGAACUAAAUCAAUUGAAAAAAGAGCUUAGUAGUGCAAAGGAGGAAAUGAAUGGAUUGAAUAUUUCUAAUGAAUCAUUCACAAGUGAGUUGAAAGCAAUUAAUGGGAGAGACGUUGGAGCACAGGUGGAGAUUGCACUGCUGAAAUCUCAGCUUCAGGAGCAAAGGUUUGCUUACAAGAAUGGAUGUGAUGAUGACAUUCAAACUGAGAAGGCAAUUCAAGUUGAAAACCAGUUUGAAAUAUCAUUCAUGAAGAAGGAGCUUGAAAAUGCAUCAGCUAAAAUUGCAGAGUUCAGGGCGCGUGCCGAACAAGCUAUUAGCAGAGCUGAGUUAGCAGAAAAUGGUAAAGCAGCAUUGGAGGAGAGAAUAAGGAGACACAAGGAAAACAGGCUGAGAAGGAAGGCUGCUCUAAGUGCACUUAAGGAAGAAUCUACUCCUAAACCAUUUAGUCCUUCCACUUCAUAUGGAACACCUGGAUCAUACCAGCCAUUAGGUAAGGUUCUCAAUAUGAGGUUGUAAAAAGUUGUUUACUUUAUUAAUCUACUAUGUGACUUUUGCCUCUUGUCAGUUACAACUAGUUUUGCUAUUCCUGCAAUAUGUAGCAGGAUCAGUGGUUUGGUAUAUUUUGUAUUGCAUAUAUUUGUAUCUUAUCUUAAAGACAGUAUAAGUGAAAGAGCAAUCCUAUUUUCACAUCA